AUGACCUCAGAGACCACUUACGUGGAGUUGAGUUUCAAAAAUGAAUCCAAGCCUUCCUGCACCAAAUCAAGGCCUCCUGCAGCUCCCCAAGAGAAGACCAACCUGCACAAAAGUAACCCGAGUUUUCCCAGGCUACUUUUUGCCUCAUUGCUGGUACUUCUGCUGCUAUUGGCAAUCUCAUUUUUUAUUGCUUUUAUCAUUUUUUUUCAAAAGUAUUCCCAGCUUCUUAAGGAAAAAAAGACUACAAAAGAGCUCACGCACACAGCAUUGGAAUGUCUGAGAGAAAAUGUGACGAUGGAAGGGAAAGAUUGGAGCUGCUGCCCAAAGGCUUGGAAGUCAUUCGGUUCCAAUUGCUACUUUAUUUCUAAGACAGUCAGAACUUGGACGGAGAGUGAGAAGAACUGCUUAGCAAUGAACGCUCACUUGCUGGUGAUCAACACUAAGGAAGAGCAGGAUUUUAUCAUCCAGAACACAGCUAUGUCUUCUGCUUACUAUAUAGGGUUGUCAGACCCAAAAGGAGAAAGAGAUUGGCAGUGGGUUGAUCGGACGCCAUACAACGAAAGUGUCACAUUUUGGCACUCGGGUGAACCCAGCGGUCUUCAAGACGGUUGUGUUGCACUACUGUUUCGUGCUAAAGUAAAAUGGGGCUGGAAUGAUGUUCCUUGUAAGGAAAACCACAAGUCACUUUGCAAGAUGACAAAGAUCUACUUAUGAAUGAGACCUUGUGCAGGAACAUGUAUCCACCGUUACAGGGAUAGCUAAUUUGCUAUUUUUAUUCAGAUGCAAAUCUUGUGUGAAGAAUCUCCUUAGAAGUUUUCCAUAGUCUGUUACCUAUUCCAUCUAUGAGAGAAUCAGCGUACGCAUUCAUGCAUUUGUUCCUGCCCCAUGUGCAGAGAUCAUACUUUUGCAGAUGCAUGGGGAAAGCGUGAGCCUCCGUUCCUCAUUUUAAGCAGUUAGAUAUUGAUAUAAUUAUAUGUGAUAUUGAUAUAUAAUUAUAUGAUAGGGUUCCUCUGUCUGGAUU